AGCAUGUUCAACAUAACACCAGUAACAUUACUUGUAAGCUCUCACUAUGAGUACUGUACUUUAACUUAUCGCAAAUCCUCAGAAGGCUUCUGUCCGGCAACUUCCGAGGAGCCGCACAUCCAGCAUCUUAUUACAACGAGCCCAGCCCAACCCCGCUUAUCCACCCCGCAACUCCAUACUCGGUGUGCAUCCAUCCCCGGAGUAAGCCCACUAAAAAGGAAAACCUGCCGCUUAGCGAUAUACUUCCGAAGGUGCUGUUACUCACUCGAGAUCGCAAAUCCUAGCCCUUCCCCUCCAGCUAUCCCCACUUACAUUUCAUCUCAUCACAACAUCGUGGUUCAAAGCAAUCCCACUCUCAACACAAGAGCCGCAGACCAAGAAAACCAACUAACACUAUGGCUCCCUCAUCACCCCCUCCAGCCGGAAUCUACGUCCCAGUGCCAACCUUCUUCCUCCCACCCUCCUCCGAAAACUACAACCCCCUCACACCGCCUUUGGACCUGGACGCCCAGGCCAGCCACGCACUACACCUCGCCCGCUCGGGAAUCACCGGGUUGGUACUUCUCGGGAGUACCGGUGAGGCGGUGCACUUGACGAGAGCGGAACGUGUCGCCCAGAUCAAGCACGUGAGAGCAGCACUUACUGCCGGAGGGUUCAAAAACUACCCGUUGAUAGCGGGGACGGCAACGAAUGGAAUUGAAGAGACGGUGAAAUUGCUCAAUGGGUCGGCGGCGGCGGGCGCGGGGUGGGGAUUAGUGCUUGCACCUGGAUACUUUGCCGGAGCGGUGAGUGAGGAAGGGAUAGUUGGGUGGUAUAGGGGCGUUGCAGAUGGGAGUAGUAUCCCGAUUAUGAUCUACCACUAUCCCAGCGUCAGCAACAACGUCAAGCUCCCUCCCAGCAUCUUCCGCACCCUGGCCUCGCAUCGCAACAUUGUCGGCGGCAAACUCUCGCACGGGGACAUCUCGGUCCACGCACAAAUUGCCCUAGACCCGCAAAUCGACCACAAAAACUUUCACCUUUUCACGGGUCUCGGCCAGCAGCUUUUCCCAGCCCUGCAGGUCGGUUGCAGCGGCGCGAUUGAUGGUCUCGCCGCAGUAUUCCCCAAAACGGUGGUGCAUAUAUACACCCUCGUCACGCAGACAGACCCGCUUGAUAGGGAGACACUGGAACGAGUUCGCGAGUUGCAGUAUCGGAUCAGCCGUGCAGAGGAGUUGAUUGUUAGGUUUGGUGCUGUGGGAAUUAAGGAGGCAGUUAGCCGUGUAUUGAACUUUGGAGAGCCAGAUGGUGGGAGACUGCCGUUGGCGCGGGGAAUGGGGUAUGGGGAAUGGGAGAGGUGGAGUGAGGAGAUGACAGAGAUGGCGAGAAUUGAAAUGGAGUUGCAGACUUCCUAGUCCGCUGUCAUUUGGUGGGAUGGGUUUGGAUGGGAUCAGAAAUUUGAGUUCAUAUUUUGUCACCCGAACUAUAUCGCCCGGAAGAAUAGUGGUGUCACGUACUACUUUCCUGGGGGGUAAAGAUCUGGUGUUGCCAAAUCAUCUCAUUGUAUCCGAUAAGCUUAGUUCUAUGAGAGCUUAAUUAUAAAGAAAAA